UCCCUUAGACUCUUGUCUUCGUCUCAUUGCUCUUCCAAACAAGAAAAAGUGCCCAGUGGCAGAACUUUGCUGAAAGGGUUUCUAGGGAAGAAUUAGAAGAAGAAGCUUCAGAAAACAUGGGUAGACCACCUUGUUGUGAUAAAGUUGGGAUAAAGAAAGGGCCAUGGACUCCUGAGGAAGAUAUCCUUUUAGUGUCUUACAUUCAAGAACAUGGUCCUGGGAAUUGGAGGGCAGUUCCUACCAAUACAGGGUUGCUCAGAUGCAGCAAGAGCUGCAGGCUUAGAUGGACUAAUUACUUGAGGCCAGGGAUCAAACGUGGUAACUUUACUGAACAUGAGGAGAAGAUGAUUAUCCACCUUCAAGCUCUCUUAGGCAAUAGAUGGGCUGCUAUAGCAUCAUACCUUCCUCAGAGAACAGAUAAUGACAUUAAGAACUAUUGGAACACCCACUUGAAGAAGAAGCUCAACAAGCUUCAAACAGGCUCCUCCGGUGGCCUCUAUAGAGAUGAUUUCUCUGCAUCAUCAUCAACUUCACAGCAAGCAAUUUCUAGAGGCCAGUGGGAGAGAAAGCUGCAGACGGAUAUCCACAUGGCUAAGCAAGCUCUCUCUGAAGCCUUGUCCCCGGAAAAACCAAGUUGUUUGUCUGAGCUGAAAUCGUCUAAGGGGUACCUUUCCCAUGCAAAACCAGGGCAAGCGUCUAGUUACAUAUCAAGCACUGAGAACAUAUCAAAAAUGCUGAAGGGGUGGAUGAGAAAUUCUCUAAAACCAGCAGCUCCUGCAGAAUCUGCUGCCACUCAGAACUCACCCAACAACAUGGCCGGUGCUGAUUCUGCCUCAAGUGAAGGGGCCCCAGGCAAAGCAAACAGAAUCAGCAAUGAAUUAACAGAGACUUUUGAGUCAUUUUUUGAAUCUUUUGAUUCUUCCAAUUCUGAUUUCUCCCAACCUAUGUCACCUGAGGCUAGCUUUUUCCAAGAUGAAGAUAAGAAGCCAAGUCCUAUUUCACAAGGGCAGCUCUCAAUGCUUGAGAAAUGGCUUUUUGAUGAUGGUAGCAGUCAAGGGAAGGAUUACCUUAGUGACAUCACAUUAGAUGAGAAUGCCAAUUUCCUCUGAAGGGUGUCUUGUUAAUCUUGAGACUUUGUUGACUCUUGAUCUCAGCUUAAUAUUUUUGCUAUAGGUCUUGUUUAAUUACACUAGGCCUUAACAGGAAGAGAUUCCACCCCUUCAGUGGUAGAACAGAACAGAAGUGUAUAUUUUUUACAGUAUUCUGGCAGAAAGCAGGGGUCUUUGAUUGAGAAUAAAUUUCUGUCCUGAUCUACUUAGAAAAGAUUUACUUAUUUUGUAGAACCUUUGAAACAAUUAAAUGAAAUUUUUAUUU